CAUAGGUUUUCAGAAUAAAAAACGUGCAUAAUAAAAUGACAAAAAGGGCCUUGAGAAAACAUGAAUUCGAGCAGAUAGGCGACGCGCAGCGACCUCGGCAAGUCGCUCCAGCACGUCGCUCUGGGCUUCGGGAGCGACCUCAGGGUGUCGCUGCGAGAGGUCGCUCCGGCUUCAGUUUUGAGCUCUGUUUCGUCAAAAGAGCGAGCGACUUCAGGACGUCGCUCCAACGUGGUCGCUCCGAGAGGUAAGGCACAGCGACUUCAGGACGUCGCUCCGGUUAGGUCGCUCCGGUGUGUUGCUCGUCCGCUGAUCACUUUAAACACUUCUUUUGAGCUCCAAAUGCACCCAAACGUCUCCAAGAACUCCAUGUGAUACUCCAAUACCUGAUAAGGACUCAUGUAUGCAAAAUGCAACCUAAACAUGACUAAAUCCUAAUCUAUAUGAUCAAAAUGCAUAUGGAUGGAUGGAUAAAACAAUGGAAAUAUGCAUGAUAUCAGGACCCCGUCAAGUCGCAUGCCCUGUACGAAGCAAACGUGGAUUGCUAAUUGAGGAAGUUUUGGAUACUGAAGAACCUGUUUACGGCGAUGAUGAACUGGAUGAUGAAGAAGAAUUGUACCCUUAUACAUGUAACCUCUUGAUCGUUCGUCUCUCUUGCCUCACACCUCGCGCUGAUGAUCAUUUCCUGCAACGAAACAAGAUAUUCCAGUCCUAUUGCACAAUCAAUGGAAAAGUUUGUUCUUUUGUCAUCGAUUCGGGAAGUAGCAAGAAUGUGAUAGCUGCUGAUGCAGUUACCAAACUCGACAUCAAGGACAAACCGCACCUGCCGCCUUAUAAACUAGCAUGGCUUCAGCAGACACAUGAUCUCUUUGUCACUCGCCGAGCCCUAGUCACGUUUUCGGUGGGAAAGUCAUACAAAGAUAAGAUCUAUUGUGACAUCGCACCGAUGGAUGUUUGCCAUCUCCUUCUAGGCAGACCUUGGGAAUUUUAUCGACGGAUCAUAUAUGAUGGAUUCAACAACACUUAUAGUUUUAGCAUGGACAAUCGCAAGUUUGUGUUAAAACCGUCUUUACCAGCCUCACUCCACCUGGUGUCUCACCCUGUUCUUUUGCUCCAACGCCAACCUUUCAAAGCAACCAUGCAUGAGGAAGAGAGGGUACUUAUUCUCCUGACUAAAGCGGCCGGCCCAGACCUUUUUCUAAACAUUCCACCCGACUUUAAGGAACUGUUGCACGAGUUCGCUGAUGUUUUUCCCGAUGAUUUGCCAGAUGGCUUGCCUCCUCUUCGGGACAUACAACAUUGUAUAGACUUUAUACCAGAUGCGGCACUGCCCAAUAAUUCUCAUUAUCACAUGAGCCCCACUGAGCACGAGGAGCUUCGACGUCAAGUUGAAGAACUCGUAUCUAAAGGAUUCAUGCGCGAAAGUUUGAGUCCAUGUGCGGUACCGGCGCUUUUGAUUCGAAAAAGAUGGAUUGUCUCGUAUGGGUGUGGAUAGCAGAGCGAUAAACAAAAUAACAGUCUGUUAUCAUUUCCCAAUUCCACGAAUUGACGACUUAUUGGAUUUAAUAAGGACGGCUACGAUCUUUUCCAAGCUGGACCUUAAAAGCAGAUACCACCAAAUUUGCAUUAACCCUGGAGACGAGUGGAAGACGGCGUUCAAAACUCGAGAAGGUCUUUUUGAGUGGUUGGUAAUGCCCUUCGGAUUAUCGAAUUCUCCUAGCACGUUUAUGAGAGUAAUGAACCAAGCUCUUCUUCCGUUUAUUGCUAAAUUCGUGGUUGUCUACUUUGAUGACAUUCUCAUCUUCAGUACAUCACUCGCGGACAACAUUCAACACCUUAAAGAUGUCCUCACCAUUUUGCGCCGAGAUCAGUUCUUUGCAACUUAAAAAAAGUGUGAAUUCGGCUCCAAAUAGGUACACUUUCUUGGCUAUAUUGUGUCUGAUCAAGGCCUCGCAGUAGAUCCAGGGAAAAUUUUGGCAGUUCGGUUGUGGCCAACACCGACGACAGUGACCGAGGUCCAAAGAUUUCAUGGCAUGGCGUCGUUCUAUCGUCGUUUUGUAUCCCAGUUUAGCAGUUUGAUAGCGCCCAUGACAGACACUAUACGAGAGGGUCGUCUCAACUGGGCACCUGCUGCAGCUAACGCCUUCACAAUAAUAAAAGAUAACCUCAUGCUCGGCUUUGAUUCUUGCUUGACCCAAUUUUGGUCUGGUCUUUGAGCUUCACUGCGAUGCUUCGAAAAUGGGUAUCGGAGUUGUCCUUAGACAGAAAGGCCAACCUAUCGCUUUCUUUAGCGAAAAGCUGUCAGGUUCUCGAAUUCAUUACCCGCUAUUUGCCCGCCAGUACACCUCCAGAUUCGGAGUCGAAUACUUAUUACCUGGGGAGUCCUGAUGCAACGGCAUCCUUAGUUUUGGCGCCAACAUAGACAUUUGAAUCAUAAGACUAUAGGGAUUUGGUUGUAUUUUUUAUUUUCUGUUUAAGAUAAUGAUGCUUUAUUUCCUUAAUGUUUUAGUCUUUAUAUUCCUAUUCUUUUCUUGAGGCUUUCCGUGGGAAGUAGCUAUAUAAGCUAAUCUCUUGACUCUUUGUUAUGUACGUUUUGAUUUUAUAAAAGAAGCUUUGCUUUAAAUCUUGUUUGAUUUGAUUUGAUUCAUCAAACAAGAAGUUUAUCUCAAGAAGCUAUCGAAAGAAACUCUUGAUCG